CGCGCGCUGGGGGCGCGACAGUUGGUGACGCCAUCUCCGGGUGACGCCGCCGCCGCCUCCGUCGUGAGAGGCGCGUUACGCGCGAGAAAUGACUACCCCAAACAAGACACCACCUGGUGCUGAUCCAAAGCAGUUAGAGAGGACUGGUACUGUUAGAGAAAUAGGCUCACAAGCAGUUUGGUCUCUUUCAUCCUGUAAGCCAGGAUUUGGAGUGGAUCAGUUACGAGAUGAUAAUCUAGAAACUUACUGGCAGUCAGAUGGAUCACAGCCUCAUUUGGUGAACAUCCAAUUUAGAAGAAAAACAACAGUGAAGACAUUAUGCAUUUAUGCAGACUACAAAUCUGAUGAAAGUUACACUCCGAGCAAAAUCUCUGUCAGAGUAGGAAAUAACUUUCAUAAUCUCCAGGAAAUCCGGCAACUUGAAUUAGUGGAACCAAGCGGCUGGAUUCAUGUUCCUUUAACAGAUACUCAUAAGAAGCCUAUUCGCACGUUUAUGAUUCAGAUUGCUGUUCUAGCUAAUCACCAAAAUGGAAGAGACACUCACAUGAGACAAAUCAAAGUGUACACCCCAGUGGAAGAGAGCUCUAUUGGUAAAUUUCCUAGAUGUACAACAAUAGAUUUCAUGAUGUAUCGUUCAAUAAGAUAAAAUUUCCUACUGAGAAAUAAUAAAGGCAUUUUUUUGAUGGCAGUAUCGUUGCUUAAGUACUUAAAUGUACUUAAAUACUUAAAG